AUGACCAGGCUUGCGGGGGUGCUCCUGCUCUGCGGACUCGCGGCUCUGGCUCCCACCCCCGCCCGGGCCUCGCUGUACGAUCCACAUGUCCCCACAAUGUACGAUCCCGCCUUCCGAACCUGGUUCGAGGGAUGGUAUGUCCGGAUCACGACCGCACAGCCAGAGGGCGAGGGAGGAGACGACGGGACGGGCCCGGUCCUGCCCUCCUCCCUGGGCCUCAUCGUGGGCACCAUGCCUCGCGGGAGGUUGGGCUGGAACAUCUCCCUGGCGAGCCUGCUGGUGCAGCAGGGCAGCCGGGCCCUACAGACCUUCGAGAGCACGGGUGUGCAGCUGUCGGUCACGGGGGCCGGUGGUCAAACCGUGGUGCGGGACCCCGAGCCCCACACCCCCCCGGACUUCUCGGUGGUGGCGGACGACGGUACCGCCCUGCUGCACAUGCGGGGGGAGCAGUGCGCCCUGCAUGUGACACUGGGUGGGCUGACCAUGGACGCACGCUGCACUGGCCCUCCCCUGCGCUGGGGCCCCAACGACGAGUCCCCGGAAGGCGGCAUCUCCGGCCUCCCAACCCAGCUGGUGGGCCUGCACUGGUUUGUCUACUCCCUGGGCACGCCUGUGGCCUGGUCCCUGCGCAACGACUCCAGCGGUGAGACCGUGACGGGCGCCGGCCUGGCGCACUUUGAGAAGAACUGGGGCGGCACCUUUCCGCCCGGCUGGGCCUGGGCCCAGGGCCUGGACCUGGCGCCGGGGCGGUUGGUUCCGGACGCCUGGCUGCUGGGCGUGCGCUCGCCAGGCGGGCGGGAGUGGGACUUCCGGCCCCAGGACCCCACCUCCUUCACAGCAGAGGCGGAUCCCUGCAACGCCACGCUGCGCCUCACCGCGCACUCGCCCUGGACGGGGCAGACGGCGGUGGUGACGGCGCGCGCCCCGCCAGGCCUGUUUGGGCACGUGACCUGCCCCAUGGCGGAGGGCUUCGAGCCGGGCACGGCGGUGGAGGCGUACCGAGCAAGCCUCACCGUUGAGCUGUACGAGGGCACGCCUGGGUGGUGGCGGGGGGACCGGGAGCUGGUGGAGGUGGUGGAGAUCGAGGGCGCCGCGCUCGAGUUCGGCGGCGACCGCAUGUGCGGGGCGGGGAUGGCCAGAGCGCGCGGUUCUGCUGCAGGGGGGGGGGAGGCCGAGGAGUCGGACGCGUCUUGGCACACGGCGACCCUCUGA